UGAACGUUGGGGUACUCGGAAGCGUGGCUUACUCCAGUCCGGUGUUUACGUAGAGUCCGGAAGUGUGGCUUCAUUUACGAUUCUGAAGGUAGGACGGAGACUGCAUCUAGAGAUACAGAUUCCCAACUGAUUUGACGACGGUGUUUGGUCUUGAAUGGAAUUGUAGUUUCAGGCCAGUCAUAGGUUUCUGAACACCGUAGUAGGUAUCCGGAGUCGACUGAGGACCAGAGCAAGCACCAGGGUUCGGAUCCUGGGCAAAGUUCCCCACCUUGAGGGUCCCGAGGACGCCUAGAUCUCUUUCCCAGGGCUAUGGCGAACCCGAAGCAGCUGGCACUGGAGCUAAGCGAGGCGGAGACGAUGGGUGCUGAUUCGGCGGGAUUUGAGGAGCUACUGUUGCAGGCCUCGAAGGAGCUCCAGCAAGCCCAGACAACCAGACCGGAAUCGACACAAAUCCAGCCUCAGCCUGGUUUCUGCGUAAAGACCAACUCCUCGGAAGGGAAGGUUUUCAUCAACAUCUGUCACUCCACCUCCAUCCCUCCUCCUGCCGAUGUGACUGAGGAGGAGCUACUUCAGAUGCUGGAGGAGGACCAAACUGGAUUUCGCAUCCCCAUGAGUCUGGGAGAGCCUCAUGCAGAGCUGGAUGCGAAAGGCCAGGGCUGUACCGCUUACGACGUAGCUGUCAACAGCGACUUCUACCGGAGGAUGCAGAACAGCGAUUUCUUGCGGGAGCUCGUGAUCACCAUCGCGAGAGAGGGCCUUGAGGACAAAUACAACUUGCAGCUGAACCCGGAAUGGCGCAUGAUGAAGAACCGGCCAUUCAUGGGCUCCAUCUCACAGCAGAACAUCCGCUCGCGGCAGCGUCCUCGGAUCCAGGAGCUGGGAGACCUAAACACGUCCGCCCCCCGGGGAGCUGAGUCAGGCCCUGAAAAGCCUCACCUGAGCCUGUGGCUAGAAGCUCCUGACCUCCUCUUGGCCGAAAUCGACCUCCCCAAACUGGAUGGAGCCCUGGGGCUGUCACUGGAGAUCGGGGAGAACCGCCUGGUGAUGGGGGGUCCCCAGCAGCUGUAUUAUCUGGAUGCCUACAUCCCCCUGCAGAUCAACUCUGAUGAGAGCAAGGCAGCCUUCCACCGAAAGAGAAAGCAACUGAUGGUGGCCAUGCCACUUCUGUCGCUGCCUUCUUGAUCAGGGUGUCUCCCUGUGCUUCCAAGAUGUGGAGAAGAGGCCGCUGGCUUUCCUCAAGUUGAAAUAAAAGAAAUUUUGCCUCUGUUGUA